AUGGGAGAAGUAGUUUCGACGGAGGCUCGAGCGAUGCACAAUGUAGGACUAGCUGCCCUCACGUAUAUUGGAGUCCCAUCGUUAACGUCUUCAGAGAUCCAAGGUGGGGUCGCGGCCAAGAGACGCCAGGAGAGGAUCCUCUCACAAAAGAAUAAUCAGACCUUACACGAGUUCUUGAUUUUUUUGGGUGGGAAGGUGACUAAGCAAGACUUGGAAGACACGUAUCAGCCGCCAUUCAAGAGCUGUGUAGAAGAAGGAGAUGUGAGCAGUGUAAUGUGUUCUUACAGCAGAGUUAAUGGCAUCCCAACUUGUGCUGACCCUAACCUUCUUCGUGGAGUUAUCCGAGGCCAAUGGCGUCUCGACGGGUUUGAACAUGAACUGUGGAGAUUUUCUAGCAACGAUCAUCAAAUGCUUGCGCUUGAAGCCGCAAAGCAAGGGAUCGUACUGCUUGAAAACAGAGGAGAUCUUCCGUUAUCAGAAACGGUGGUCAAGAAACUAGCGGUUAUAGGGCCAAACGCUAACGCUACAAAGGCAAUGAUUAGUAACUACGCGGGCUUGCCAUGUAAGUACACAAGCCCUUUACAAGGUCUGCAAAAGUAUGUACCGAGAGGGGUUGUUUACGAGCCAGGAUGUAAAGACGUCAAGUGCGUUGACCAAACGCUGAUCGCCGCAGCGGUCAAAGCGGCUACAGAGGCUGAUGUGACGGUUUUGGUGGUUGGCUUGGAUCAGACUGUAGAAGAAGAGGGUCUUGACCGGGUUAACCUAACCCUUCCAGGUUAUCAAGAAAAGCUGGUGAAAGAUGUGAAUAAUGCUGCAAAGAAAACUGUUGUUUUGGUCAUAAUGGCGGCUGGACCUAUUGAUAUCUCAUUUGCCAAGAACCUGAGCAAGAUCCGGGCGGUUUUAUGGGUCGGAUAUCCCGGUGAAGCUGGAGGAGAAGCUAUAGCUCAAGUCAUCUUUGGUGAUCACAAUCCU